AUGGCGACAGCGGAAAGCCUGCUCGACCUCGCUCGGAACGCACGAGCAGAAUGCAACACCGGCCAGCGCAAGUUCAGCACUGCGCUUCCCGCCCUGGACGCACUGGUGUCGGAGCUGGAUUUCUACAAAUCCGUCUUGCGCAAGCCCGUGAACAGCGGAGCACUGACCAACCUGGAAAGCCAUCUGACGCCGUGCGCGGGGGCGUUGAACACGCUCUUGAACAUCCGGCGUAAGUACCGGAGCGAGAUGUCGACCAUGGAGCGAGUCAAGUGGAAGUCGACAGACGGCGAGAAGUUUACAGAGGCAGUCAACCGUCUCCAGGAUGCAACAAACCUGCUACGAGGAACACUUCGCAUGACGAGCGAAAUGCAGCAGUCUCGCACAGCGGAGAAGAAACCCAGUGUGGUCAAGGACGCUGUGCAAGAGACUACGAAAGCGAAAGAGAACGCAAAGGCUAAACCUACGCUUUGUCGCAAUGGCGCCGGAUGUCGGGCCAUGGAGUGCAAGUACAGCCAUCCUGAUGCGGAGCCUUGUCGGUAUGGAGCUGGCUGCACCAAUUCCAAAUGCGGGUUUCGCCAUCCCAAAUCGCGGGCCUGCCGCAACGGGGCCGGAUGUAGGAAGUCGGGCUGUACCUUCUCCCACCCAGAAGCGCCCGACUGCCGGUAUGGGGUAGGAUGUACUAAUGCAGCCUGCUCGUUCAAGCAUCCUCGUGUCGCUCCCUGUUCGGCUGGCGUCAACUGUGUGGCUCAAAAUUGCAAUCUCUUCCAUCCCGAAGUGAAACCGUGUCGGUAUGGAAUCGGGUGCACCAACAAGAGCUGCACAUUUCGCCAUCCACCACCACCCUAUACGAAGGAACCAACCACGUCCGUGAAACCGGUCGACGAGAAAAAGCCCAAGGCAAAGAAAAGCUCCGCAAAUGAAAGUCCGGAGAAAGCGAAAAGGAAGCCCAAGGUGAAAAAGCCCUCCAUCAUCCCCGAAAAGGAGACGGCCAGUUGA